AGUAAGACCUCCUGGCUGCUGGACAAGCGAGAGCCAUAGACGUGGAACCAGUGAUGUGAAAGGGGACUAUAGCCUAAACAUGACUCAUGCCGUUGACUGGUGAGGAUGACUUCAAACAUCCUGACACUUCAACUGUCUCUCCUCCUCUCUCACGACAGGAAGACACAUCGGAGCAUCAAGGACGCCGGAGGCAGCCACGACAAGUCAGACUAGUCCCCUGCAUAGUAAACUAGCUCCAAGGUUGGAUUUAAAAAGGCAGUCAGUACAAGGAUGUUAUGGCAGCCAAGGAGGUGCCUCUCUACCUUCCCCCUGUUUUUGGAUGUCCAUCGGUUGUGACAGCGCUGUCUACCAUUUCUAAACACCGUAUGCCAUCAACAGUACACUGAAGAGGCUGCACAAUGACAGGUCUGUCUAUAUUGGCUCACAUCUCCUUUCUCUUACUACUGCUCUGUGCGACCCAUGCGGGUGCGUCUCUCCGCAGUUGGGAGUCGCGCUCUUCUCCAGGAUCAUCAUCACCCUCUUCGGAUGAAGGAGGCGUGAGUCGCAGGGCAGUGACCUCGAAAGCGGCCUCGCAUCCUAACCAGAACAAUAAGCAAAACGACAGCAGCCAACAAGGAUUCCUCAACCUAGGUACUGACUCAGCCAUACCAAAGCCACAGGAAAGCACCCUCAGCCAUAAAAUUGGAAACACUUCAAACUCCAACACCAGCAACACCACCACUCUGACAUUCAGAUCACCAGGCCGUGUCCAGGACCACUCUGGAGAUGCAGGGCCGACAUGCGCCUAUCGCCUACUGGAGCAGGGCGGCACGGACCGCCUCUGUUUCCGCCAAACUCAAGGCCAUUUCAGUUGCCCCAGCACAGACUGUGAGAGAGUGAGGUCUCCUGGAGGGUCAUUGGUGGCCAACGUGUUCUCCAACGGCAGUGUACUGAUGCAGUGGACAGUCCAGAAGGACAGACAGUCGGCAAACAGAUGGAGUAUGGCAGACCGGCCCCUGCACCGUGCCCACCGCACAGCCGUGGAGACUCAAGGUGCUGGCUUGGCAGGAGGAGGGCAGGAGAGGGGGGCACCUGUGACAACCCAGCCUAGAGUCCCAGAGCGCGGGGUGGACAGGCAACAGGGUGGCUUCAGGCUGAGCUGCUGGUGGAACGGCAGCUACACUCAGUUUGAGUGCACGGGAGUCCAUCUUGGCUCCAGCUGCAGGGACUACCUGCUGAGCGAGUUGCAUGAGAAUGUGCCCUACCGCAUCUGCCUGGGACCCAUUGCGACUGCGGGGCAUGAGUCUAUUGCCAAUGGCGACGACUGUGUGGAGUUCAGCGUCUCUCCCACGGGGAUGCAGGACAUUGUGAUUGCCAUGACGACCGUGGGAGGAGCCAUCUGUGUGAUGCUGGUCAUCAUCUGUCUGCUGGUGGCAUACAUCACUGAAAACAUCAUGAGUCCUACCACACACACACAUAUGUCGCACACACACCACUAGGACGCCAUCACACUCUCACACUCAUAUUAACACACACACCAUCACAUUCCAAUCACUAACACCACCCACGUAAACAGGAAACACACUGGUAUUGCUAGUGUCAGUACACAAGUACGCCUGCACAUUUACUCAAACUACUCGCAUCUACAUGUUCCAUAAAAUAUUAGGUCAUGUGACAGAAAGUUAAUGCAUGGCAUUACCUCCACAUCACUAAAAACCCACCUAAACAUAUGGCAUCACAAUUUCCUCUUGACUUGAAAGAACCUCUGCUGUAUUCUCAAUAUACUGUUUGUCAAAAUUCAGAUUUGCUGAAUUUCUUGAAUAAUGUAUAAAGGUUAAAUAUGAAUUUAUUACCUUAUCAGCGUUAAUCCUCCUGUGUUCUCAUUCAUUAUAUUGCACUGACCUUAUAGGAAAAAUAAUUAUACAUGGAAAUUGAGAGUAAUUUACAGUAGUUAUGUUUAAUGCCAAAUGCAAUUUUCGCCAAAAGGCAUUGAUCCAUUGUAUUCUUCAUGUGUUGUCAAUUACUAUAAAUUUCAACAAAUCAUUAAGCCAAACUUUUUUUUAAAAAAAGUGAUUUUCACCGACUACGCUGUAUAUGCUAAUGAACCCCAAAACCUGACAAAAUGACAUAUGCCUUAUUAUUUCAAACCUGUGCUCGCAAAGUAGUAAUAAUGCUGUAGGCUUACUUUAGGGACCUAGACUGUGUGUCAGUCAGUAUAAAUACUGUGCUCUACCCUUUGUGAUCAAUAAAGCAAUCUUAAU